UUGUCAUAAGCGACCUGCAGGCGCACGGUUCGUUUGCGGACUGCAUGGGCAGCGCUGCGGGCGCAUCUCCCGGUAGAAGCUCCUGCACUACCGCAGAUCCACCGGGCAGCACGCUGGCCUCCAUCCGGAUUUUUCCCGUGGAUACACAGCAGCGUUGAUCAACUUUUACCCAGUAUAUGCCUCUCAAAGCGGGUUUGGAGUGCAGUUAAAGUUUUAUUAUAACUGAAGAAGCUACACCAAGCAACAUGGUGACGGCCUGAGACAACGUCCCGAUGGAUCCGUGGAGCCUGUUGCCCCCCCCUCCCUAACCUGUCCGAACCCCUAAUGUAUGACACCUUCUUUCUGGGCAAUGAGUCGGACACAGGACCCAGGAACAGUACCUCAGAAGGCCGACACACCUUUGACAAGACCGGCACAGCGGUAAUCACCUUCCUGUACUUUGCCGUGUGCACCAUGGGGCUCUGCGGAAAUGCCCUAGUCAUCUACGUCAUCCUUCGCUACGCCAAGAUGAAGACGGUCACCAACAUCUACAUCCUGAACCUGGCGGUGGCCGACGUCCUCUGCAUGCUCAGCCUCCCCUUCAUCGCCAUCCAGCUGUCGCUGGUCCACUGGCCUUUCGGCGGGGCCCUGUGUCGGGUCGUCAUGACCGUGGACUCGCUCAACCAGUUCACCAGCAUCUUCUGCUUAACGGCGAUGAGCAUCGACCGCUACCUGGCCGUGGUGCACCCCAUAACGUCCACUAGGUGGAGGAAGCCCCGCGUGGCCAAGAUGAUCAACUUGGCCGUGUGGGGGGUGUCGCUGCUCGUCAACCUGCCCGUUGUCAUCUUCAGCAAUUUGAUGACGACCAAAGACGACGCCCACUUCUGCACCAUUGUCUGGCCCGAGCCUCAGGAAGCCUAUUACACAGCGUUCAUCUUCUACACCUUCCUCCUGGGCUUCUUCCUGCCGCUCGCCGUCAUCUGCAUGUGUUACCUGCUGAUCAUCAUCAAGGUGAGGUCCUCUGGGAUCCGGGUGGGCUCUUCGAAGAGGAAGCGAUCGGAGCGCAAGGUGACACGCAUGGUCUCUAUCGUGGUGGCCGUCUUCGUGCUCUGCUGGCUGCCCUUCUACAUCUUCAACGUCACCUCGGUGACGGGCAGCAUCAGCACCACGCCGGCGCUGAAGAGCAUCUUCGACUUCGUGGUGGUGCUGGGCUACACCAACAGCUGCGCCAACCCUGUCCUCUACGCCUUCCUGUCAGACAACUUCAAGAAGAGCUUCCAGAAAGUUCUCUGCCUGAGGAGGUCGGGCGGCCUGGACGAGAUGGAGCGCAGUGACAGCCGGGUGGACAGGACCCGUGGGGGCAAUGAAAGUGGCCCUGAGAUGCAGAAUACGCUGCUUAAUGGGGACCUGCAGACCAGCAUCUGAGAUGGACGUCCCUGUCAACCAGGGCUGAUGUUCUCUCAUCUUCACAGGCCAAAAUGUUUUCUUGGGGAGGGACACUUCCUUUAGUGGAGAUCUGCUGCCUCUGGGAAAAUAUGGGUUCUUAGACCUAAGUAAACAACUCCUAAAGGUUUGGGAACCCCCCCAAAAAAAGGGUUUCAGCAGAGUGUUUUAUUUUUGAACUUGACAAAAAUAAAUACAAGAAAUAAUUCAUAGGCAAAAACCGCUUCUUGUUUUUCCGGGGGCUGAUCCUAAUAGCUCUCGGACUGUGAGAUCGCUGCAUGAAAGGACUCGAGCUGAACUGGGUCCAGGACAGGACGUCCACAGAGGGUGGAGUAGCACCGUCGCUCUGAUAGGAUUCAUCAGCGAGCCGCUAUCAACCUCUGUCAACUUUCACUGCUUUUUCACACACCAGGCAGUCUUACCCGCAUUUUAUUCCUAAUGGAGAAUUAUACAUCGGAAUAAAUUUCACGUAUAUGCUUUGUGUGCAUCCUCCUGCAACAUUAGAUAAGUUUUACCGAAAUCGUUUUGACAUAAACCUUUUUUUCGGGAUCCUGGUUUCAACUGAAGCCUUUUUCGGGAUUCUGCUUUUUAAAGGCUCUGUUUUCGAUGUGCUCAGAAUCUUCAUUAUGCCGCAAGUUUUUCAGUUUCUCCAGGGUCCCGAUUUUCAUGUACGGUUUCUUCACAAAAUUAGAUUUUUUUUUUUGUGUCAGGCUUGUCAAAUCAGCCUCGAUCGAUGUUCUUCUGCGACCAGUCGAGGAAUCCGAGCCGACGCGUGUUUAGAUCGCGCUUCUCUAUUAAUCCAGCUUUUUCUGUGCCUGCUUACAGACAAUCCAGGGCUUCUCUCCGUGCAGAGAUGAACACAGAAACCUCUUUGCCCUUCUUCCCCCAUUUCCUUUGUCAGGUCCUCAUCUUCUUGGGAAGCUGUUAUUCUCCAUUUGCAACCUGAAAGCAGGAGACGUAUAUUACAAUUACCGUUCCAUCUCUCAGUCUGUCGCUUUGACUCACUUGGGACUUCCUGUUUUGUUUGCGUCUGGGGAAACAUUCACUGCUAAUUAUGCAUCGCCUGAUAAAAACAGCACUAAUUACUUGCCUUAUUAAUGUUUUUUGUUCUUUUUUUGUCCAGGUGGUAUUGAUUCAUUCGGAAAUAAAGCUGUAGAUAUGUUAUUUUCUUCUUUUUUCCCUGGAGGGGGGCCUAAAUACAGCCUCAUUGCCUUGGGGGGGUCUGAUUCACGGAAGACAAUUGAUGGGAAACAUAAAAAGAUCAAAAUGUCAGUCUGUAGGCCUCCGUUCCUAGUGACAGUCGUUGAAAAGCAGGGCAUCAAAAAUCAGGCCUCCUUCUGGCGGUUUUCUUUGUGCUGACGUUUGGAGACCUGCUACUACCUGGGAGACCGUCAAAGGCCAGCAGGGCUACGGGGGCGACACAGUGCCGCAUCGUGAUUCGCCUGUUCACCUGUCACUUUCGCAGCGAAACUGACGUAGACCAAUAACUCAGCGCUAGCAAGAGAGACCCGCCCACUUAAGAACCGUAUAAGAAGAGCACCAUGUUUGCUAACAGACUAUGGGAAGGGAGGAUCAGCGCCUGUUAUAGCUGUUUGUCUGCUGAUUCGGGGGACGUCGUCUUUAUGAGGGCAACAUUCCAGUCAAUGGACUAGACCUGACGAGUCGAUGGACGAUACUGCACUGCCACACCUUUGACCAUCGAGUGACAUCCCAUAUGGGGUGGGGGGGCUUGCUUUAAAUACACAGUGUGUGCAAGUUACCUGGAGUGGG